GUGAGGUACAGUAGCAACAUGGGGAGCAAGUCUUGACAGAAAAUCUCAGUGUCAUUACAUCAUCGAAUCAUCGUUGUGUUUGCUGAAAUCCGGCAUAUUUAUGUGUGGCUCAGAAUGCAAAGCCAAAAGCCUUGGUUGGCCCACAGCACUUUUGGUCAAUGUUUUUGCAGCUUUUUGCAUGCGCGCGUGGCUUGGUUUGGCCUGGGGGGGUUGGGGACUUUCUUUCAUGACCGGGUCCUACCAAUCUGCGAGAUCAACGCUCGCAAAGACUUGGCAUGUGAGAGGCCUCACUAGACAAGCCAAGCGCUUGAAGUCGAAGGACUGUGAUAUUCCGGAGACAUAUAUUGAAGAUAGUGAAGGAAUUGAAGGCCUUUAUUUCAACCAAAAGUCCCUGCUUGCUGAGCACCUCUUCGCGAAUGAGGGGAUCCCCGCCUUGAGAAGAUGGAGCAAGUGGUACAAGGCUCCUUGGUGGCUACAGCAGGGUGAUUUGAUGACAAUGCUUGCUGGGAGCCUCCGUGAAGUUGCAAAGCUAGAUGCUCCCCAGAAGCUCUCGGUGCAAACUUUGGGUGGGGAGAUGCCACUGGACCUGUUUUCGGACCCAAGCCCGACAAAAUCCAAGGCUGUGAUUCUCAUUCCAGGCCUCGGCGGAAGUACGGAGGGAGGUUAUGUGAAAAACAUGGCAGAAUCAUUGAUUCAUUCAGGUUUCGUCGUAGCGGGUCUCAAUCUCGGAUCGGCUUUGCAGAGACCUCGUUCCGCCUCAGCACAUAGAGGAUCGAGUGAUGACUUGCGGGCAGUCGCGAAAUAUAUUCGACAGAAUCUGUUGAGUGAAAGCCCGAGCGCAGACCGGAAGGUGUUUGCCAUUGGGUGGAGCUUGGGUGGUAACAUCCUAGUCAACACAUUGGCAGAGCAGAAGACAAAGGAAGGAUAUGCUCACGACAAUUUCUCUCUUAUUGAUGGUGGAGUCGCCCUUUGUACAACACAUUGUUUAAGCCGAUGCGCGACACAGUGGGAACAGCAUUGGCCAAUGAGAAAUGUGUAUGACCCUCACGUGCUACGAAACUUGAAGCGGUUGCUGGAACCAGCUAUUCCCUUCUACCAACAAGGGCCUGUGCGGUCUUGGAAUGGUACAGACACACUGAUAGACCACAAGAUGCUAAAAUUUGCUACACGGAUUAGAGAUGUUGACGAGGCACUUAUCCGGCGAAUGUUUGGAUACAAAUCUGUAGAGGACUACUACUAUCAAGCAAGCUCUUGCAGAAGAUUAGCCGAGGUAGAAGUACCGCUGCUCAUGGUCAGUGCAGCAGAUGACCCCAUGGCGACUAGCUGGGCACCUUUCAAGACAGUGCGUGGUAGUAAGCACGUGAUCCUUGCAUACACCAAGCAUGGAGGCCACAUUGGAUGGCAAGACGAAUCCAAUGCACGGAAAUCCGAAUGGGUGGAAGAUGUGGCCACCAGCUUUUUGAACAGACUUCUGACCUUCUGAUGAUUCGUUUGGCGAUCUUCUGACCGCAGCAACUACCAGAGACCUCGCUGAUGACAACACAAUCCAGAAGCAGACCAAGAGUCUCAAAAGGUGGCGCAGCUGCUCCAGCAACUCAGUAGCCAGCGAGGCUGAUGGUAUCAAGAGCUCGGUGCUGC